UUUCCCCUCCAAACUUCGAAACGGAAAACUGUUGAUGGAGGGAAGACUGUACUCGCAGAUACGUUGAGGUGACGAUGGCUUUAGAAACCUACGCCUCUCCGGGCUCCGACAAAAUCCAUGCAGACGUGCUUGCAGAAGCGAGGCAAGCCUGUUACAAGGCCCGGAAUGCGUUCUAUGCUUGUUUAGAGAAGGAAUCAAACAAGAAACCCACUGAAAUAGCGUCGGUGGGUCUUCUCUAUCCGGUUGAGUGCAAGAAAUCUAGGGCUGAAUUCGAGAAACUGUGUCGACCCACUUGGGUUAAGCAUUUUGAUCGCCAGUAUUGCGCGAAGAAGAGGGUUCAGAGGCUUUUGGACAAAGAUGAGUCCCGGAGAGGAGUUUAAAGCCUAGUCCACAAGGGGAGGGUGGACGAGAGUCGUGUGGAUCAUCCUGCUAGUUUAUUCCAUGGUUACUUUGAGCACCUCAUACAUAACCAGGUGAAAGCAUCAGAAUUCUUGGGUGUUGAGUUUGCUGUACUUGAGCUGUUUCUUUGAAGUUGAGAUUAUUGGCAUCAGUAGUUAAUUUAGUUCAAAUCUAUUGGGAGUUUGGGACCUGAAAAGUGUAUUUCUGGCAAGAAGCAUGAAAUUAAGUUCAAAGUGAUGACAAUGUACUUCCAAAUUGUCUGAAUAUUGGCUAUUUUUGUUUGUUCUCCUAUUUACCAUUCAGUUUUCUAAUCGACAUUGCAAUGUUGGAAUACACAUCUUUUUUGCUGGUGA